UAUUGGAGCUGUUGGAUUAAAUCUCUUCUCUGGUGUUUUUCCUGGCAGGUGAAGGAAAGUUGUCUCUGAGAAACCCAAAUCUGUGCUCCUGUUUGGAGGCAAGCACACACCAAAGAAGUGAUAUUUCCACUCUUACAGGAAACCAAACCAGAGCAACCCCAGCCUCCAGGGCAGGCGCAGGGUUGGAGGCAGGCUGAGCAGUGUUUUGACGCAUCACUCCUUUGGCUACAGGCCUCCUGCAGUUGCUUGCUUGUGGGGCUAUAAAUACGCUGUCAUUUCUCAGAGUACAGGGUAGCAGCCAAGUCCGUUCUUUGCCUUUGACCCUUGACGAAGCUUUUCUUGGUUAAUGCUUCACUGCUUGUUUGGUGAGUUUUGAAAUGCUAGCCAGUUUUUGACACUGUUUGUCUGUGUUAUGCAGCGCUUCCUGAAAUCUGCCUGAGGCUCAUGAGUUUAGAAAAUUCAGACCGUGAUUCUAAAUGGAAACAUUCAAAUAAUAACAAAAGAUACCUUUAAAAACAAAGGAGAUGGUCACACCUGUGUUCUCCUUCCCACACAGGAUGCUUAAGUAUUGAGACGCAAAGAUUUCAUCUUACUCAGCUCAAUACCUGCCAGUGUCAGGUUCUGAAUUUAUAGUGUAUGAUUUACCCAUUUAGUCUCUUGAUGGUAAGUCUUUUGAGGACACCUGGAGUAAUAGUUAGGUUAUUUUUUUGGGCCACCCCUGGCAUCCAGGGAUCAGCUCUAAGCCGCAGCUGCUGCAGUGCCAGAUCCUUAACCCACUGGCUGGUCUGGGAGUCGAACCUGUGUCCCAGCGCUCCCAGGAUGCCGCUGCUGAUCCUGUGGCACCACAAUGGGAGCUUGGCGUAGUAAUUGUAUGGUGUCUUGAUGAGUUGUUGGUCAAAAGUGCGUUUAAAUCCCACCUUCAUGAAAAAUACCCCUUUCACAUAAUGUAUGAGCUGUAUGACAGAAAGGGAAACUUAAAAACCAGUGUGCAAUUUUGUAUUUGCAUGCCGGCGAAAACACUCUUUCUGUUCCCUCUCGAGGUGCUGAUGUGAAAUGUGAGGAAUGUGGCUCUUGUUACGUGAGGCUGAAGGCGGGAACAGCGUCCAGGGAAGAGGGGAGCGGGCACGUUGUUGAUUUCCAGUCGGCUUUAGGAGCAUCUGAUGAUGCUUGUUAGGCAGAUGUUUGUUGAAUGUACUUGUUUUGGUGUUGGGGGUGGGUCAGCAGUUGGAUAGACAACGUGUCCAGGUAAUAGAAACUCACCUGUCUCAGCCGUGAGCCGGGGAGGCCAGGCCUCCUCCUGCACAGACAGCAGGAUCUCAACACUGCAGGGAAACCUUUAUCCUUUCCUUCUGUUUUACUCAUUGGGAGAACUACAGCCUCUAUUUUUGGAAGUUGAAUCUCAUAUGCUGCUUAGCAGAGAAACCUAAUCCUUCAAGUUAGCAGAGUAGGAGAGGGGAAGGGGACAUUUCUAACCUUACAGAAGCAGGCUGGGAAGUGGGGCUGGCGCCCCGAAAGCACCGAGUGAAGACCUCCCCGUGGCCGUAUUUAAUUGGACCGACCCUUGUGCUUUGCCAGAAAGAGCCGAUUGGUUGUUUGAGGUCCAGGCACUGCCACUUGUACUGUUCCACUGUGUUUAUAAAGCGAUUACAUAAUGCAGGAGGAUCUUGGUUUGUCUUUCUGGCUGGCAGGAAUGCGCAAGUGCAAGGGCGUCUUUGGGACUCUGGAGGGGAACACGUGUCCUCUCAAAACCCCAGGACUUUUGAGGACGUGGCCUGGGUUCGGGACUCGUGAGUCAGCAUCACUUUACUGUCCACCUGGUGGCGAUGGAGAGAGGAGUAAACAGAAUUACCAGGCCUGCUUGUGGGGUGUUGGUUAGGAGUCGGGAAGUUUGAAAUCUUAGAAAAGGUCUCCCAGAGUACGGUGUCUGUGAAAACUUGCGGAAGCUGGAGAUCACGGGCGUGUCUUGUCGAGACGUCUAUGCGAAGCGUAUAAACCCUCGUGUGAAGUCAGGACGUUUCAUGAAAAUUCUUCCCGAUUACGAGCACAUGGAGUACAGAGAUGUUUACACCUGCCUGCUUCAUCGCUACAGACACAUCCUGGGACUGUGGCAGCCGGACAUCGGGCCGUACGGAGGACUGCUGAACGUGGUGGUGGACGGCUUUUUCAUCAUUGGCUGGAUGUACCUGCCGCCCCACGACCCCCACGUGGAUGACCCGAUGCGGUUCAAGCCCUUGUUUAGGAUCCACCUGAUGGAGAGGAAGUCGGCCACGGUGGAGUGCAUGUACGGCCACAGGGGACCCCACAAUGGUCACAUCCAGAUCGUGAAGAAGGACGAGUUCUCCACCAAGUGCAACCAGACAGACCACCACCGAAUGUCCGGCGGGAGGCAGGAGGAAUUCCGCACGUGGCUGAGGGAAGAAUGGGGGCGGACGCUGGAGGACAUUUUCCACGAGCACAUGCAGGAGCUCAUUCUGAUGAAGUUCAUCUACACCAGUCAGUAUGACAACUGCCUGACCUACCGCCGCAUCUACCUCCCGCCCAGCCGUCCGGACGACCUCAUCAGGCCUGGCCUCUUCAAGGGCACCUACGGCAGCCACGGCCUGGAGAUCGUCAUGCUCAGCUUCCACGGGCAGCGCGCCAGGGGCACGAAGAUCACGGGAGACCCCAACAUCCCUGCCGGGCAGCAGACAGUGGAGAUUGACCUCAGGCACCGCAUCCAGCUGCCCGACGUCGAGAGCCUCCGCGACUUCAGCGAGCUCUCCCGCAUCGUCCUGGAGGUGCGUGAGCAGGUGCGCCAGGAGGAGCAGCAGGAAGAUGGGCCCGAGGACACGGAGGGCCGUGGCCAGCAGAGCCCCCGAGAGCCCCAGCUGGGCCCUGCCCCGCCCUGCAAGGAACCACCCGCUAAGCUGGGCGGGGAGCCUGGGGACGGAGGGGCUGCAGCCGAGGCCGAGCAGCUGGCCCAUUCGGGGCAGGGGCAGCCCUUUGUGCUGCCGGCGGGCGUGAGCUCGAGGAACGAGGACUAUCCCCGGACCUGCAGGAUGUGUUUCUACGGCACAGGGCUCAUCGCCGGCCACGGCUUCACCAGCCCCGAGCGCACCCCCGGAGUCUUCAUCCUCUUCGACGAGGAUCGUUUUGGGUUCAUCUGGCUGGAGCUGAAGUCCUUCAGCCUCUACAGCAGGGUCCAGGCCGCCUUCCGGAAUGCGGACGCCCCGUCCCCGCAGGCCUUCGAGGAGAUGCUCAAGAACAUUCAGUCCCUCACCUCCUGACGGCCCGCCUCCCGCGUCGGGCGCCGCGGGAGAGCAGCAGCAUGCGCUCCGGAGAAGGCCUCCGACCCGAGCCCCCGCCUCCUUGCCGGAGCCUCGGGGCAGCCGCCCCAGACGCUUCCGUAGAGCGUGCCGCACGCCUGCACGUUGUCAGUAGCCCUGGAGAGCUGAGCAUGUCUUAUAAAAACAAAAGAACCAGAACAAAACUGACUUAGAAGACGGUCUGCGGGGCGCGGAAAGACCGGCCGUCUCUAGGGGAGACAGAAUGCUCCUCCGGGGGGCUCCGGCUGAUGGCCGUGGUGGUGUGUGAGGUGCGCCGGCUCCCCGCCCCCAGGGAGCGAGCCGCAGGGCCUGGGCAGGUGGCAGUUGUGUGGAACAGGAGCUCCGGCGGGGCCCACGUCUCUCCCUUCUCACUUGGAUUUUGGACAAAGGCAUUUCACCCAGAUCUCAGUCUCCAAAUCAGUGAAAUGGGGCCAGUGACACAGGUCACUAGAGAACGCCACUUCAAGCCUUUGAGCAUCUCGGAGGCCCUGCGAGCCCCAGGGGCCCCGGUCCCCGCGGCGCUGUGUGCCUCCCCGGGCUCUCUCAGGCUUUAGAGCCCAGACCUCGGCUGCAGCCUCCAGAGAGGCCUUCUCUUGGUGCGCGCCCCUGCCCUCACUGGCCGAGACCCGAGCUGCAGCCACUGGUCUCAGAACCGGGACGUCCCCAUCUGAGGUGACCUGCGUGGUUUAUGCAGGCGCCCCUCUUGGAAGGGGUGAAGCAUGGGAGGGGUUGUGCAGGCGAGUUGGACGCCCCUUUGUGGGGCAGGGGAAGCUUUGGGAGCAUCACCUGUGCGCACAGAGCCUCGCUUUAGAGACCAGGCUCUGCAGGCCUCCGGCGUGGGGCUGGGUGCUGGCCCUUCCGCGGCGUUGUGCUCUGUGGCGUUGGCCCCUGUAUUGGGGGAGCCCUCUGCGGUCUGGUCUUGGUGUCUCUUGAAGAAUGGAGCCCCAGGGGCAUGUGCACAGACCCGCUGGCGUUCCCUUCUGCUCUCCGGCCUGCAGAACUGUCACUGCACCUGCCUGCCAGGGCGUGUGGCUUCUUGGGGUGGGCCGACUCGGUCCCCCCGGUUGCUCGUCCUUGUCAGGGGGACAGCUUUGUGGUGCCUUCACGUAGAGACCGAGUGAGGUGCCCCAUGAAAUGUGUCCUGUGUCUCCUGGGAGACCUCCCCCUGGCUGGCCCUUUUCUGAAAUAACGCGCUCCCCUUGCCCUCGCUUCGGUACAUUUGAUGACUUUGGCUGCCUUUGCUGCCCAGAAUCACAGAAGCAACAGGCUUUGGGCAUGGCCUCGAAAUGGCACACCGGGCCACCCAGGAGGCCCUGUGGGUCUGCUUUGGGCAGCCGCCCCCGCCCAGCACUGUCAGCGAGUCUUGUCCGGGGCGCCAAGGCUCACCUCCCAGAUCCUUCCAGCAGGACCUCAGUCAGAUGGGGACCUGGUCCCAGUUCUUGCAUCUCUCACAGGACUGAGCCUGAAUGCUUGUUCCCCUCCUCCCUCUCACAGCGUGGCUGUUCUUCUCUAGUGCCAAGCGUGGCCGUCCCCGACAGUGACAGCGGGCCGCAAAGCCUUGAGGACAAUGAACACAGAGGACAGCUGGGCGCUCGGCUGUUCCUCUCUAGGUUCCACUGUUGUUUAAGUAAAGUCAGGAAAAUGCGUGUUACCCAGAGCCAAGGGGCCGCUCCCGGUGGGGCCCCCCAGCGCUGGACUGAAGAUGAGCACUUCUGAUUAAAGCCUGGUCUGAAAUCUAAUUGCGGUUCUGCCUCUAGUGUCUGGCCCACACGCAGUUCCCACUAACAGUGACUAAAAUAACCCCAGGCUGUUGACUGCAUUCACAUCGCCCUCUGUGCCUGAUGUCAGGUGGGGCCCCAGGGCCUGUGGGUGGGGUUGUCCAGUUGGCAUCGGCCUGGGUGAUGCCAUGCAGGGUGGCAGCAUGAAAGGGCAGGGCCUUGUCAUCUGCACAGCUGGCUGUGCGGAGGCCUCUCUGACCUCUGCUCGGUCGGCUCUUGGCUUUUGGUUCAGUACAAGGCGCAGAGACAGUGGCAGUUGUGUGCACAAACCCAGCAGCAGCCGUUCCCUUUGUGGCGGACAGUCCGCCAGCUCAGGAGGGGACUCCCAACCAGUUGACUCGCUGUAGGUGAGGAUUCACCAAGGCCAACGUCAUUGUCGAAGGCCCAAAGCAACAAGGAAUCUGGGAGAGCAAGUUCCGCUAGGAGACCGGAAUGAUCCAGGUUGGGGGCCAGUUACGUCCAGGUGGGGCUUGACCUGGGGAUGGUGGGUGGACCUCGGAGGGUCUUUGGACGUUUCCCACGGUUGGCACCACCUUCACUGUCACGUCGCUGCCGUGCGGUUGGGAAGUUGAGUGUGGGGUGGCAGGAAGCUCAGGCGCACCUCUGCGCACCUGGCGGGCUCCACGCUCUGCAAGUCAGUCAGAAAUGACGGGCUUGGAAGUUUCAAACACGUGGCACUGGGGAUUCUUCUCUGUUGGGGUAUGUGACUGUGGCAAGUGAUAUUUUCCAGCUGCGUGACGUGGCCCUGGCGCCGUCCCUGGAUCUUUCUCCCCCGUCCCCACCCCCGGGCUCACACCUCCAGCAUCUAGUGCUGAGUGUGAACAGGUGUGGGGGCAUUGUGGCCGAAGGGGUUCUGCUCCUUCCUUCUCGCCCAGGCCCCUCCUCUGGGACAGUCCGGCUCACUGGCUGGUGCUCAGGACCACGGCCACCCUGCCUCUGUCCUGACACCAAUCCGUGACGGAUGCCUGCAUCCCUGGCCAACGUAGAGGGCUGGAGAGUGCACAGCGGCUUAACUAGCUGUGUCCCUGCUUCCUGCUGAACAAGCUCAGGUGGGGUUGUCCUGCCAGACUUUCUCUCUGAGAACUUGGGGUUUCCAGACAGCCAGCCCCCUCCCUCAGCCAGCUGCCCUCUCCGCCCCGGCACCUUCGGGGGUUUGUAGGUUGCCUGGGUUUUCUGGCCCUGCAGCUGGGGGGUCCCUUUGGUGCUGGAGAGCCCUUUGACAUUGGGGGAGUUUCCCGGGCUCCUGGUGACCAUGGUGUCUGAGCCUAAACUUGGAGCAGCUGGGCAUGGCCCUGCUGUGUGAGAAAACGGCCGUGUUCUUGGCUUCUUGUCUGUUCUGACUUGGAGAAUGCUUGCGGGGUUGGUCUCCUGCAACCCUCCCCUGCCUGGCGGAUAAGAUGCCCCAGUUCAUGGGCCCUCCCAGUGUUAACCUAGAGAACGUCUCUCCAUUUUCGGGAGGUCUGAAGUGUAGUUUAGGGAGAAGAAAGCCACAGUGCCAUCAGUUUGCCUGAUGCCGCCCGUUCCGGGGAACCUCACGGGGACCGCGUGACCUGCAGUGACCCCCGAGGCUCGGGCAGAAAGGCAUCCGCCCUUCCGGGUCCUUUGUGUGCUCGCAGGGAGACCGGCCAGAACGUACGAAGGGAUCAGAAUCUUUUGCUUUUUCAGCCUGAUUUUACUUGGGGUUGUUCUUUGCGGUCAUAUAGCCCCUUGGAGAAGAAAAGCACUGAUCCCGUUUGGUUUUGAAACCUCAUCUCCGAUGGAUCAAGAAGACAGUUGAGCUGGAAAGACCUGCGGUCGGUCUUAGGCACCUGCUCAGGCUUCCCCGGGGCUGGGGGCAGGGAGGCGGCUGGGGCAGGGUCUGAGGAAGCAGCUGCUGUGAGCCUGGUCCCUGACGCUGUGAUUGGGACAGGAUGGCUGUGUGCGGCUGUUUCUCCAUAAAGCAGCUUUUGA